UUUUUGCGGUUCAAAUCCUGGCGCCUACGAUCGUUUCAUUUCGCGGCCAAAAACUGCAUCGGAAUGAAUUCGAACGUCGAUCGCAUUCUGCGUACUUUGUUUCACAAAGUGGUCUCGUUUUUUUGGCUGUUGCAUACAUUUUUUUUUUCUGUAACGACGUCGUUUUCCCUGGUCGUACCUGCGGCACGGCGGAAAUAUCGCAAACUGCAAUGUGUGGAAAAAAAAGUAUUUGCUGACAAAGUUGAAAUGGAUGAAAUUGGAAACGGCGGUUUAGCGACCGAAUCAAGAAUGUAACUAAAUCACUUACGUUUCUGCCUCGAACAUCCUCAGAUAAUAUUUUCGAUUUUCCUAUCGAGGUGAAAAUAGUGAUGGAAGUGUGGCGGUUGAGAAUAUUCGUAGUUACUUCCAUCGGUUUCUGUACCUUUGAAUUCGGUACCGGGACUAUUUUACCAAAAGAAAUAUCCGAAAGGCUCGACGAUUACUGGCUAAAGUACAAAUCGUCGUACAACAAAUCUUAUUCCGCUGCAAUCGAAGCCGUGCGAAGAUUGGCCUGGGAGGAAAAUUUGCUGAAAAUAUACGAGCACAAUAUCCUAGCCGCCCUCGGACACCACACUUACACCUUGAGGGACAACGAUUUUGCCGAUCUGAACAACGCCCAGUACAUUUUGAAAAUGAUAAAGCUGAUACACAGCAGGAGACGACGUUUGUCGACGGACGACGAGAUCGUAGGUGCGAUGCGUAGAAAGCAGGAAGAAAUUCCUUCCCAUCUCGACUGGAGGGAACGGGGAUUCAAAACGUCCCCGGAAAAUCAACUGGACUGCGGCAGUUGCUACGCGUAUUCCGUAGCCCACAGUAUUCAGGGUCAGGUGUUCAAAAAAACGGGAACGCUUACGCCCCUGAGCGCCCAGCAGAUCGUGGACUGCAGCGUUUCCAUGGGGAAUUUGGGGUGCUCCGGCGGCUCCUUGAGAAACACCAUGAAAUAUUUGGAGAAGGCCAAAGGGCUGAUGGCCGCACAUAAGUAUCCGUACACCGCUUCGCAAGGAAAAUGUGUUUUCGAUUCGGAUGAGAGCGUCGUGAAUAUUACGGCGUGGGCAAUUUUGCCGGCUCGUGACGAAAAGGCGUUGGAAUACGCGUUGGCGACCGUAGGUCCCCUGGCGGCAUCCGUGAACGCGAGUCCGAAGACUUUUCAACUUUAUCACGAAGGGGUUUACGACGAUCCGGGGUGCAGUUCGGACGUGGUCAACCACGCGAUGCUGCUGGUAGGAUACACGCCGACCGAAUGGAUUUUGAAAAACUGGUGGGGUGAAAACUGGGGGGAAAAGGGCUACAUGAGGAUGGCCAGGAACAAGAAUCGUUGCGGAAUAGCGAAUUAUUCCGCGUACGCCAAAGUCUGAUGUAAAUGCCGAAUUUUUUUUUUUUUCAGUUCAUUUUUUUACUUAUCAAACUCAAGUACUACUCCGAUUGGUACAACGUGAUUACGUAUUUCGCGAUUAUCGCAUCGUUAAUCGUCAACCAUAACAACGAAUAAAUAAAUAAAUAAAGCGAUAUGAUCGGCGGAGUAUCUGUAAUGAAAUUUCUCAUUUCGUUGACGAAUGGAAUUCGUGGUUAAAAAAAAAUAAACAAACAAAUCUUUGCUUAAUUAAUGUAUUACAUAGUAUAGUGACAAAAUUUCGUACGUCCGAUGUUUUUUUUUUUUUUUUUCAAUCUAGAUAAAAAUUUUCGCUGAUCAAUCCCCCCCGCUUGUUCACGGUAUUUCACGAUAUCUCAACGCGAUCAACGACGAUUAGGAAUUUUUGACCUAAGAAUAAUCGAUAUGAUCCAAAAAAGAUAGAUAAGCAAGGAAAAAUUGUGCUUAUGAAAGAUGUGAAAAAUGACCUGUUCGUCGACGAUGACGAAAUUUAUGUUUCAUUAUGUAAUUUGAUUCGUGACGGUUUCGCUGUGAAUGAUUCUAAUGUAUCGUACUCGAAAUUCCGUUUACAAUUGAUACCAAAACAUCGAGGUCAGAUGUUAUCGUGAACGUGAAGUUUAACUUCUCUGUCAAAUGGCAUAGCCAAGUAAGAUGACUGAAACUGACACCAAUCAGUCAUAUCGAAUGAUGUUUAGUCUAUAGAGUAAUAAAAUGGAAAAAUUUCGUCAAAAAUUUCAGCUUUCUAGCCCAAAUACUUUUCGAGCAAUGGAGAAAAAAAUCGGGUUUCCAGUUUUCAGCUUUGCUCAACUCGGAUUUAUUCGUGACGGAUUCUUAUUGAUCCUUUUUGUUCUUCCGAUUGCCAGUCGAUGGAACACAUCGACCGGAUGACUUGUCGAAUUUCUCGAGGCCAAACUCGAAUUUUGACAAACCAAAGAAAAUUGAACAUCCUUGCGACAAAGUGACUUUUUUGGUUAUGUUCACAAUGCAACAUGGUGAUGAAAGUAAAGUUUCGAACAAACGAUUCGAAACGACGUUGAAAAUUUGGUUUCCAGGCACAUCGACGUACACGUUUCAGCUCUCCAGAUGACUUGGAAGAAAAAUGGUAGCGAAUAAAUAAACAAAACGUGAAAAAAACUAUCCGAGAUCUUGGACUACCAAUCGCUAUGCCCUUCGAACGACCAAAUAAACUAGAUACACAGUUAAAUCGAUGUUUGCAAGUUAUAAAUAGUCGGUGCAUCGCGUCGUUUUCCUUAUUUUAAUUUACGUUUCAAAGCCGUUUCGCAUAAUUAAUCGUAAUUCACGCCUUCGGCUGCACCGGCAGCCCCGCCCAUACGCGGUAUCUUUAUGCAGCAGGUUUCAAAGGUCAGCGAAAAUACAGGAGAGAGACCGGAACACUGAUUGAGAUUAAGGAGAUAGCGAAGAGGUGAACAUCUGCCGACGUAUUUCAAAGCUUUUUCAAAAAAGAAAAAAAAAAAAAAAAUUCCGUCCCAUCAGCUUCGGCAGCUGAUUUACUCUUCGAAUAAUCAAUAAGUGAAGGACGCGAUUCACCGAAGGUCACGUUUGAAGAAAAUAUUAUUUUCGGGAAGAGUCUUUGAAUUGUUAUUUUAGUUUCAUUCAAUUUAAUUUCUUUUUUUCUUGCUUCUUCAGAGGUUAUCGAUUCUCGUAAAACGAGGUUCAUUGUUCACGAAGAUAAUUACAAAUAAAUCGCCAAUAUAUAUAAUUGGAAACAACAAUUUUCAAAGCAAGAUUGUAGUAGCUUCGCAGCGAACAAACGAAUAAUAAUUCAAGAUCAGCCUCGCAGUUUUGAGAAAUCGAACGGAAAAAUGUCCAUCGGCGAUCAGCUGUGAGUCAAUCGGCCAUUUUUUUUUUUCUACAAUCAGCGAUAACAAAACUAUUUCAGAUCGUUUAGAUAUUUGCCCCGUAUCUCUUCACUCCCUAGCUUCCGGAACAGACGAAGAGCUCGUGAAAGUUUUCGAAUCGGAAGUGAAACGAUGGACAUCUAAAAAAAUCUAGCAGCGCAUGAGAUUUUACUAAACCGAGGUCGAAUUCCGGUCAAGGUUAGGUUGUACUAUUUAGGAAGAACUGCGCGCACGCGCACCCUAGUGAACUUUGAUUUCCGUGCUAAGCUCAAUUCUCCGUAUAAUGAUAAUUUGAUAACGAUUGAUCGGUAUAGACGCUAAUCACGUACACUGUUUAUGUAAACGUUCGCAUAUUCGUAUAAAAUAGUUUCAGAAUUUCUCACACACAUCGUGCAUCCUCAGCAAUAUUCGUAUCCAUUUAACGAUCGCCUCGUCACAUUUCAGAUCGUCAAAUACCAGAAACACGUGCGCGGUGGCGCCCAACAGGCGGAUCAUAUUUUUUUUCAUCCUCUGUUUAAUUUUGGCAGAAAAACGCGGUGGCGCCAGACGAAUGGACCAUCUUCUUUUCCGUCCUCUGCUCGAUUUCGACAGAAAGACUGUAGAACACGAGGCUUUCUAUUUUUCCGAGAGAAUCUCUUCGUCGUUGAACUGAUGCUCGCAAUUCACCCGAUGCAAAUGUUAGGUUAAGUUUUUUUUUUCCUCUCCAUUUUUUUUUCCAGCUGUGAUCGGGAAGAGCGAGGAUCAUUCGGAUGCGGAGAUUUCGAAAUUUUCAAAAACCGCUGGAUCGAUAGUUGUACUUUGAAAGGAGUCAAGACGUAGAUAACGUCUUAUUUGCUAAUCGCGAGAAAAUUUUUCAGUCCAGACGUGUAAUUAAAUACCCAAUUAUGCGGCGGAUGGACAUGAGAGAUUGAAGUUAAACGCGAUCAACAUAAUUUGUUGCGUUGAUGGAAUACAAUUUGGAAUCCGAUGAAAAUCAUUGGUUACAUUUCACGGUUAUGGGUCGGGUAUUUUCUGCAUGAAAGAAAAUUGGAGAACGUUUUCAGAGAUGAGAUACACACGUACGUACGUACGUACAAUGAAUGUAUGAAUUAGUUUAAACUGACAAUUACACGCGCAAUUGAAUUUAUUGGCAAUCAUCCGUCUCAUUGAAUAAACGCAUCUGCUGUCUGCGAAUUUAAUCAGGGAUCAAAAGCCGUAUAAUAUUUUGCACCGUAGCCGUGAUUUUGGUCAUAGAAAGCGAUAAUCGUCGAAUCCGCCGAUACAAAAUCACCGGAAUUUUCGGACCCAAAAAUUUUUUCGAGGGGGUCGUGGAUCAGAUUUUUCGCCGACACUUCGAAAAAAUGUCGGAGUCUGGCGCGAAAUUAGCUCUCGUUCAUUCUCGAAUUGGCCUCCCUUUUACCGUCGCGGUAAUUUUUCAAUCAACGUUCAACUUUCAUCCAUUUCAUUCGCCGAGAAGCAAUUGUUCGGGUUGUAAAAAAAAAAACUGACUCUCGUUGUCGGUGGUAUUCGGUGCGGCUCGAAUCUCGAAAGAAAAAAAACGAAAAGCGAAAGAAAGAAAAAAAAACAAAAAAAAAAACGAUAAACCUCCCGCGCUUAUCGGGGGAACGGUGAACUUUAUUUUUCGUUUUCAAGUUCGAUUCUCUAAUAUAUAUUCUUUUCGCAGACAUCCAAGGACGAAGGACAUUAUCGUCGGUCUUGAGUCGAUUGAAUCUUUCGCCGAGAUGUGAAUUGUACAUAGUAAAUGAAAAUCGACAUGUUUGGAGCACGUGCUCCACCAGCUGAUAGCGUAUUACUCGUCGGACCAAUCGGAGCUAACUUUGUUCCCGGGGUAAAGGGCAUCCUCAACGCAUUCGUUACAUCUUCUCACGUAUAGAUCGCGAGCUUCAGUUCAAUUCCGAGCAUAGUUUCAGCUCACAUGGGAAGCGAGGAGCACGAGCAACCCCGAAAAAAAAAAAAACCCGCGAAACGCACACGCGCGUAUAUACAAUACAAUUUUGAAAAAUAUACGUAAAUAAAUAUACACUUGCGCGAGUAAUAGUUUCGAUGAUAA